UUUUAGUGCCGGGAUCCUGGGAGGGCUCAGGACCUCCAGUCUGGAAGCCACUUUGAGGGUCCUGGCCUUCAUGGAGCGGCUGAGGCACUGUCCAUCAGAACACCAGGCCACGGUGAAUGCUGUCCUGGCUGCCCUGUGCCGCCCUCUCUUCCACCACGAGGAGGUUAAGAUCCGAAGGGCAGCCAUGAGGACCCACCUGGAUCUCCUGCAGCACCGCCACCACCACCACAAGGGUACAGAGGAGAACAUCACGACCCUCAUCGCGGUGCUGAUGCAUGUGGAGGAUGAAGACCUGGAGGUAGCACAGGCUGCGAAGGACAAUCUGAGCCUCCUGGCGGAAUCCCUCCUAUGGCACCUGGAGGGCAAGCUGCUGGCGCGGGAUUCUUACAGCCUGCAGGAGCUGCUCCACAAGAUCGCCAAGCGUCUGAUUCGGCAGCUCAGCACAGAGAUCGCCGUGGAGAUGGAGGCCACCAAGAUCCUGGGCUUCUUCCGCAGCGAGCAGCCUUCAGUGAGGAGAACGGCUGCCCUGCUGAUCGGUCACCUGGUCCACAAAAAGGGCAGCAUCCUCACUGAAGGGAACAUAGAGACCUUCCAUGCUGCGCUGGAGAGCUUGCUUGGCGACCAUGACCCCGAGGUCGGGAGAGUUGCCUGCAAGACAGAGAAGAUCGUGAAGAAGGCCUUUUCCCUCCACUCCCGGCACGGGCUGCGGGCUGCCGUUCGGCGCUUGUGGGCGGGCUGUAAGAAGAAGAGACACCCGCCAGAGUACGGUGAUCUCUCCACCUGACCGACUGGAACAACAGCCCCGUGCUCUCCCCUUGAAGAUCAGCAGCUGAAGGGAGGUGCAGGAAAGACCGUGCAGCGCAGGAGCCUCCCAGAAGACCUCCUCCAAGCGCGUGGACACAAGAUCUGUCCACAAGAAGACAUCCAGCAGGGAAGUGCAGUUCUGUCUGAGGAGUGAGGGGGAAGCAGGCUCCACUCCCCUGGCCCAAGGAAGCCCCGCCUCUGGGGUGCGGAAGCCCCUCCCCUUGCUUCUGCUGGCAGGCUGUGGGAGGAGGCUACAGGACCACCCUGCCCCCAAGUGGCCCUUUGGAACCAUUCUUGGGCUUCCCUUGGGUCCGGGGAGGCUGUGUGGCCCCAGCAGGAGGGCAAGGUCACCGCCUCCCUCCAUUCCCACCAGCUGGCCAGGGAGCUCCCCCUCCUCCUUCCACCUUUCUCCCCUUCCCCAGCGGCCUGGCUUCCCCUGGCAGGGGAAGCCCCAUCCAGGCAUCCGCCCCCUCCCCUGCCAAGGGUGUGCUCCUCCCCCCCUCCACUCCCGCAGCCACGCCUCACUCCCCCCUCCGCUCCCUCCUCCUUCCUCCCAAACCGGUGCAGCAGCAGAGGAGCCUGGGAGACUCUGGGGCCCCCCUGCAGCCCCAGUAGCGCCCCCUGGUGCUGCCCGGUGGCAGGCCAGAGAAUCCUCCUCUCCCUCCUGCUCCAUGCUGUGGCUGCACAGUGGGGAGCCCGAGGUCAAGCAGAAUUCUCUGGCUUGCCCCCCCCUCAACCCCCAGCCCCCUGGCCAAUCCCCACUUGCUGGGCUGCCGGAGUGGAAAGGGCGGAGGAGCAGGGCAACCCCACUGACGCUGCUUUGUGCUUCUUGCAGGCUUGUGCUGCUGCUGGGCGGCUGGAGGAGUCGAUCCGCCCCAGAAGAGAAGACCAAGUGAACGUGCCUGCAAG